GAGACCGACCCGCCGCUCGGGACGACCCGACUCGCGACCCCCAUGGACCUAUGGACGUUCUGCCUCCUCUUCGCUGCCGCGGGGGUGGCAGCGUCCGUGGAGGUCCACUUCGAGAACAAGGAUGGCGGCUUCUUCCUGAAACACACGCCUCGGCAGUACUACCCUUCGCAGCCGGAGACGUCGGCGGCGGCGGCGCCGCCGCCGCCGCCGCCGCCCGUCCUGGCGCCCGGCCCGGGCCCACCGGGGUCGGUCCUGUCCACCGACAAGUUCACCGUCUUCCAGACGAGCGAGCCGGCCUCGGUGAGGGCGACCUACGGGCCCUUCAGCACGAAGCAGACCGUGCCGGCCAGGUACAUCGUGCCCGACCCCCUGGACGCGCUGCCGGGGCCCGAGGUGCGGCGCAACCUGACCUCGACGGCCGCGCUGCUGGACGCGCAGGAGCUGGGCUCUCGACAUCUGGACAUGUCGGCCCACCUGGUCCGACCGAGCGUCCCUCGGGACUCGCCGGUCCUGCGAGUCCUCUUCCACGCCGGGAGCGAGGCGGGCGGCAGGCGGCAGGUGCUCGUCACCAGACACCAGAGGGUCUGCGUGGUCCUGCACGCCACGCUCAACGGCAGGAACCCCCUGACGGCCGCCUGCAGCCCGGACGGCGAGGACGGCGUGUGCCUGGCCCAGAUCACCGUCCCCGCCACCUGGUGGGCCCCCCUGCCGCCGCCGGACGCGUCGGGUAGAGUCAAGGUCGUCAAGACGCUGCCCCGGCUGGUGCAGGUCGCCUACUCGGUGCUGGAGCCCCGGACCGAGACCGACGGCGGCUGCCAGCCCAGGGUGCAGAUCCAGCCCGUCACUCCCCUGGGCCAGGUGCCGCUGACGCCCAACAAGUCCGCCUACAAGGAGCUCCGGAACGACGAGUUCCUCACCCUGCUGGUGCCCCACGGGCCGCUGUACCCCAGGUCCAGGCUGCACGUCCCGGUCUUCCUCCAUCCGCCCGGCGCCCAGGGGGUCCCCGUCGCGGGAGUCGUCCUCAGGGCCAGGGUGAAGUCGGGGGUGAAAAUCCUGGACGCCUCGUCGAGCAGCGUGGACUGGACCGUGGAGUCGCUGAUAAACCCGAAGAACACCGUGGCAACGUUUACGGCCAGACGCAAGGAGAACGUUUCCAGACCUCCCAGCACGUCCGCGGAGGAGAUCCUGACGAUGCUGCUGGAGGCGAGCGAGGAGGACGCCGGAGGGAGCUGGGACAGUGGUCGGAUCGUGUGGAGCGUCCGCUAUUUGUUGGAAGGCGAAGAGGAGAACGUCUCCUCGGCCGGGUCCGCUCCGAUCGGGCAGCAGCACCAUCACCACCACCACGUGGAGAGGAGGAAGCUGCAGGCGAGGCUGGAGAUCCAGAAGGACGACAUCCAGGCGGUCCUCCCGAUAUCCAAGAACUGGGAGGUGAUGAACACCGCGGUGCUGACCGGCAGGCAGGUGUCCCAGGCGAUGAAGGUGUUCAUCGUCAGCCAGGCCGGGAAGGUGGCCGACGUGACUCUGCAGUCGUCCUGCCACUCGGAGGACGAGAGCGUCCUCAAGGUGUCGUCGUCCUGCAGCAGCGUCUACGUUGACGGCUCGGAGAUAAAGGGGUCCAGCAAUGCCUCGGUACUGGUCAAGUACGGGACCUACUCGGGCCUCGCGAGGUUCACCGUGUGGAUGCCAGAGUUCCCGCUGGAGGUCGGAGUGGCCGACACGAGGUUGAGCCAGGUCAAGGGCUGGAAGGUGCCCGAGGAGCACUCCAUCGCCAAGAACAAGCGCAGUCUGAACGGGACCGAGGACGAAGUGGAGGACGAGGCGGAGGUCGAGGACGGGACCACCCGGACUCUGGAGAAGAGACGCGGACGCAGGCGGAGGACCGCCGCGGAGGAGGAUCGCUUCCGGGGGGAGAGGUGGGACGAAGGAGCCGGGAACGCGAUAGAUCGGGGUCCGAACUGCAGGUUGAGAUUCCAACAGAGCCCGGUCGAGGUCCACGCGAGGUUCGUCGCCACGGGGCACGACUCCGGCAGGGUCAGCUACUUCGUCAACCGGAGGACCUGGCUGAGGGUGACCGAUCUCGUGAUCGGGCUGCUGAGGGUGUCGGACCCGAGGGUGGCGACCCUCCAGGGCUGCACCGUACAGGGCAGAGGGGUCGGCAGGACCGAGGUGCAGGUCCUGUCGCCCAUCACCGGAAGGGUCGUCGGGGCCAAGGAGGUCAGGGUCGUCAGUGACAGGGUGUCCAUCGCGAGGCUGUCGGUCAGGGUGGUUUCUGGACUGCAGCUGACCAUCAGUCCCGACACCGCGAUCGAGAACGGAUACGUCGCGGAGACCUCGGUCACCAGGCGACUGACCGCGCAAUAUCAGGAAGGCCUCCUGGACAUCGACAUCGAGUUCUCGGACGGGACUCGCACGCCCCUCAGGGAAGUGGCCGUGAGCGAUUACCACCUGCUGGUGGAGAGUCUGGAUCCGGAAGUGGUGGCCUUCGCCCCAAUGGUCGCGUCCCACCAUCCCAGAGUCAUCGCCGUGGGCGAGGGCCGAGGAGACUUCCUCCGGGUGACCCUCCAACUGGCGGACGCGUGUCGACUGCCCAACAGAAGGACCAAGGGCUCUCCGAGGACGCCCGGGGCCCCUCUCGCCACCGCCUCCGUCAACGUCGAGGUCGACUUCGCCUCGAGCGACCUCCACAAUCGGCCCGAAUUCGUGCAGAACGACGGCGGCGGAGGUGCGGUAGGAGGGGGAAGCGGACCGGUGGGUUCCCACCGGGAGAGGAAGUCCGGGAGGGAGGUCGCUCCGGAUCUUCACGACAUCCUGAUCGGAGGAAUGGGCGGCGUCGGCAUUCGCCACGACGGAGGAUCGCGCAUGACGUCCUUGGAGAUCGGGAUGUACGUCUUGCUCGCGGCCUUCUGCUUCGCCAUCGUCGUCUUCUUCGUCUCCUGCGUGGUCUACGCGAGCAAGCUCAAGCCCCAGCCCACGGACUCGCCGAUGCCCGGAAUCCCGGUCCUCGGAGCCGCCAGAGCCGCGGCCAGCCAGCUGGCUCCGGGAAACCGGAGACCCAGGGAGUCGACCACCAACGCCCACGAUUGGGUCUGGCUCGGUAGGGCCACCCUCGAGCGAGCCGCCUGUGCGCCCCAGCAGGUGCGCGUGACCAGCAAUCCGCUCGCCGGGGAAGCGGACGACGAGGCCGCCGAGCUCGGCACCAGCUUCGACAACCCCAAUCACAUCGAGCUGCCCUCGGUUCGGUCCUCCACCUCGGUGCCCAUCGACACCACGACCUACUGCAAGAAGGACAAGCCGCCGUCGCGCGGCUCCUCCAGCAAGGCGAGUCCCCAGCCGAGGGUCUCGUCGUCGGGGUCACGAAACGACAACGAGGACGUUCCCCCACCGCUGCCGCCGCACGGGAUCGCCGCCACGGUGGCGACGGCGACGGCGACGGCGACGGCGACGGCGACGGCGGCGGCGACCGCGACGCCAAACACCGGCCCCGAGGCCAACAACGGAAACGGCAACGACAACGACAACGGCAACGGCAACGGGGAUUACAAGCCCCCGGUACCUCCGCACCGGAACACGGGGGUCACCGCCCACCUCCCGGAGACCCCCAGGAAGCACCACCACAGGGCCUCCAGCGGCGGUCACGGGAACCAUCGGCACGGCAAGCACCACUCCAAGUCCCACUACCGAUCCAAGGCGGAGAACGGCACGCGGGAGGACGUACCCCGGUCCAACGAGGAGGAGUUCGUCGAGCCGAGGAACAACCGGGAGGAGAAGCGGGCCAGAGACCACAAGUCCAAAGAGAUCAAGAGGGCGACCAUCGUGGGCAACCCGAUGCUGGCGAGCCGGGAACAGGAGGAGACCUCGCUGGACGACCUGAACCUGGGCAUGGAUUACGAGCAGAUCAUGCAGUACUUCGAUAACCUAAAGGAGUCGAACGCCUAGGUGUAGGCCGGAUCGGACGCGGACGGCGUCCGAUCUUGCCGGAGCCCUGGCCGAGACGGGCCCCUCCCGCGGGGCUCGCGGCCGUAGGCUAUACUCUAGUCAGCUUCCUAGCAGCACAAGUCGCGCCCCGCGACGCGAUCCCGGCAGCGCCUCCCCGAGUUACGGCGCCGGUGGACGUGGCUCGGUCGACGAGGGCCACGGCCGGCGUAGCUUCCGUGGAUUCGCGCUGUACCUUAGCUUAGUCGUCACCGAUCGCGAGCCCUCGCUCGCGCUACUAGUUCCUUCGAUACAUAUCGACGAUGAUCGACGAAGGAAAGGGGAACCGGCGCUCGCCAAGCGUUUCGUUAUCCGCGACGGGCGGGCGUUCUCGUCGCGCUACGAACCUCUCCGAAGCCGCCACUUGUCCGCCUUGUCACCUCAUCGCCCCGAAUACCCCUCGCCGAUCGUUAAUACUCCGCUGAUGUAUACUCUUCCGCGUUCCCUCGCCUCCACCCCCGGACUCCCCUUCCUCGACCUCU